ACACUCUCCACUGAUCAAAAUCAAACGGUCCCUAGCAAGCCUCUGAUUAUCAACUUUCAGUAUCUUGGCAUUUUUCUUUGUAGCUAAACAGCAAUGGAGGGCAAGGAAGAAGAUGUUAGAUUGGGAGCUAACAAGUACAGGGAGACGCAGCCCAUCGGUACGGCGGCUCAGACCCAAGAUGACAAGGACUACACUGAGCCACCACCAGCGCCGCUGUUCGAGCCAUCGGAGCUCACUUCUUGGUCCUUUUACAGGGCUGGAAUUGCAGAAUUCAUAGCCACUUUCUUGUUCUUAUACAUUUCUGUUUUAACUGUUAUGGGUGUGGUUAAGGCACCCACCAAGUGUUCGACCGUGGGGAUUCAAGGGAUCGCUUGGGCCUUUGGUGGGAUGAUCUUCGCUCUUGUCUACUGUACUGCUGGCAUUUCAGGAGGUCACAUAAAUCCGGCGGUGACAUUUGGGCUGUUUUUGGCAAGGAAACUGUCCUUGACAAGGGCUUUGUACUACAUGGUGAUGCAGUGUCUUGGAGCCAUAUGUGGUGCUGGUGUAGUGAAAGGAUUUGAAGGGCGUAAACAGUAUACUUUGUUGGGCGGUGGUGCCAAUAGUGUGAACCCAGGUUACACCAAAGGCGACGGGCUCGGUGCUGAAAUUGUUGGCACUUUUGUUCUUGUCUACACUGUCUUCUCCGCCACUGAUGCCAAACGUAAUGCCAGAGACUCCCAUGUUCCGAUUUUGGCACCUUUGCCAAUUGGCUUCGCUGUGUUCUUGGUGCACUUGGCAACUAUCCCAAUUACAGGAACUGGUAUCAACCCAGCUCGUAGUCUCGGUGCAGCAAUCAUCUUCAACAAUGACAAAGGCUGGGAUGAUCAUUGGAUUUUCUGGGUGGGUCCAUUUAUUGGAGCAGCACUUGCAGCUCUGUACCACCAAGUUGUGAUCAGAGCCAUGCCUUUCAAGAAGUGAUCAUCAUGAUUGAUGCAUAUGUUUCAAGAUCAAGAUCAAGCUCAAGCUCAAGCUGAAGCUCAGUUUGUUAGCUUUUCUCUCUGUUUGAUUUACUGUGUACCUGUAUCUAUAUGAGCACCAUGUAAUAAUAGAAUCAUGUUGUCCUUGUCAAGAUCCUAUCUUUUUUCAUUUUUGGAAGGGAAGCAAGGUGGGGUCAUGGGUUGCAAGGUGGGCCCAUCUGGCUGUGUGUAUUCGUAUGAUUGUAAUUAUGUGUAUGGUUGUGAUUCCAUUUCUGCGAUGUCGUUGUCUUUGUCACCGACCAAAAACCUACUUUCGUAGGUCAUGCUCUAAAAGUAAAAUAAUAGACAAGUGCCAACUUGCCAUUUUUUCCA